UAAGGGACGACAGUCUUAACUACUUACAGUCAUAUCAAUGUCAUCAUUGCACGAUCCCUGAAUCCAUGAUCCAUCAUAGCCUCUAGCUUCCAGGCGACCUACAGCAUGGCUACCAGCUGGCCGCCUUACGAACCCAGAUAGGCGCCUUGCAUAUGUAUCAGCUUGAAAACCAGCCUGCUUCACUUCCCAGAUCUCGCCUCCUGCAAAGCCCUACCCAUGAUAGCUGAACAGCGCUACGAUACCCUUAGCGACUUCAGAUUUCAAAUUUCUGCAUUGGAGUUCGGGAAUCCAUGCACAUCUGGCACCAUCAAUACCAACGAAGGCACAAAAGAGGUCGCAGUGAAGGUGUUCAAGAUUGAUUCCGGGAGGGCUGUGGAGAAAUAUGAGAAGGUGUGGCUUAGACUGUCAAAACACCCAACUAUCGUCCCGCUACUUGGAAUCGCACACGUCGGGCUUCCAUUACCGGUUCUCAUUUCUCAAUGGAUGCCCUCUGGAACAUUGUAUACGUACCUCGAGCAACCUAUCAAUACAAUCACCGCUUCCAAUAAAGUUGAAUUGGUCAGGGGCGUUGCCGACGGCCUCGGAUAUCUUCACUCGGAGAAUGUCGUUCACGGAGACCUUCAUCCCGUAUCCUCAGGCAAUGUACUUGUAGAUGGUGUGGGGAAUCCACGUCUCACAGAUUUCGGUCUCGCAACAGUCGUAGGAGACGCGGAGUUGCAGUUGGGUACGACAACUGUGACACGUGAAUUCGAUGUUCGAUGGCGUGCUCCUGAAGUCAUUGGAGUCGAUCCGAAGGAUGAGCCUGUACGGCCGAAUUUCAAGAGUGAUAUAUAUUCUUUUGGUGGUGUCAUGUUCUUUAUCGUCUCGGGGGAUAUACCAUGGAAAGAGAAGAAACAGCCACAUAUCAUCAUUGAGUAUCGAAAAGAGCGACUCCUGCUCAAAUGCUGGUCUUGGAACCCAGACGAUCGUCCAGAGGCAACGGAAAUCACCUGCAGCGAUAUCCAUGACGACUUCACAUCUCAAAUUUCUGCGUUGAAGCUCGGGAAUCCGUGCAAAUCUGGUUCAUUUGCCACUGUUUACCAGUUCACCAUCGAGACCAGCGAAGGCACAAAAGAGGUUUGUCUUACCACAGUACCCAAGCUCUUGAAUCGUUCAUCUGAUAUUCAUCAGGCAAUGCGUCGGGAACUUAACGUGUGGAUUAGAGUGUCAAAACACCAAAAUAUCGUACCGCUACUUGGCACUGCAGACGUCGAGUCCCCGUGUCCUGCUCUCGUUUCGCAAUGGAUGCCCUCCGGAACAUUGGAUACGUACCUCGAGAAGCAUGGUACAAUUACCACUUUGGCUAAAGCUCAUCUGGUCAGGGGCGUUGCCGACGGCCUCGGAUAUCGUUCGUAGAUCACUAUCCUAUUGUUAUUUUUGUUCCUAAUGCCUACCCAGUUCAUUCGGAGAAUGUCGUUCAUGGAGACCUUUAUCCCGCGAAUGUACUUGUAGAUGGUGCGGGGAAUCCACGUCUCACAGAUUUCGGUCUCGCAACAGUCGUAGGGGAC